AUGAUGUUUUCCGACGAGGAAAUAAAAGAGAGCAGUCUGAUGCGGCCUGGAGAUGAGAUAAUAAGCAUCCGCGAAGUUUGCCUGAUAGACAAGUAUCACAAAAAAUAUUUAGAGCCUCUUCUUUCUAACUCUGGAAGGAAUGAUUUGGAGAUGCCUCGUCUUUUCCGCGACGGUUUCUUCCCCGAAGGCGCUGAGCAGGCCAGGUUCGUGUGGACUGAGGAGGAUGGAAACAUCGCAUCCUUGAUUUCUGAACCAGGCUUCGGCACAACGGGACAAACGAGCUUCGGUAAAGAUCUGGAUGCGGCACUUUGUAAGGAAAUGAAGGAAGCCAACACCCUCUCGAUAUGCGAAUCUAAAAAUGGGCUGAUAUUUGAAAGGAAGACCUAUGUGGAGCCCAGUCUUGUAUCAUCGACUUCUGCUGAUGGACCGAGUUCUAGUACUGCCAACACACCGAUAGGCCGCGCCACUUGCAAGGUGGACAAAACCGAUCCACGUUCGAGGUACCACUAUGUGAAGUUCGUCAACCGGCAUGGAAGAACGGUGAAAUUGUGGGAAUGUGGGAUAUGUGGUCGGGACUUCCAACAUCAGUACACCCUGAUGCGUCACCUGCCAACUCACACGGAUGAGAGGAACUUCCACUGUGAUGCGUGCUCUAAGAGUUUCAGGCAACUGUCCACGCUAAGUCAGCAUCGCGCCAUACAUUCCGCUGAGAGGCCGUACUCUUGUGAGAUAUGCAACAAAACAUUUAACCGUGUGUCAACUCUUAUAUCCCAUCGGAAGACGCACUCGGACCAGAAACCCUACAAGUGCAACAUUUGUCCCAAAGGAUUCCACCAAAAAGGCAACCUGCGUAAUCAUCUGUUCACACAUACCAACGAACGCCCCUAUCGUUGCAACAUUUGUAUGAAGGGCUUCAAUCAGCAAUCAAAUCUAGUUUGCCAUAAACAAAAGGCACAUCCGGAUGACAACAGCGCAAACUCUGUAGUCGGUAGAAACAGAACGACACCUCUCGUUGCACCUCCACCAGCUCCACCUGCUCCAGAAAUGAAACUUGAAAAUUCUACAAGUACACAAUCUGAACAAUGUGAAGUUACGUCCUCAGUUGGACCAUACUUACGACCAAUAGAACGAGCAUCGUACAACCAACCUCAAUGGGAAAUAAACGAAGACCAAGGAGAAUUGUGGAACGAAGGCUUAUGGGGAAGCAAUGGCGUUAUCGUUGACGCUAUAAAGACUUAUCAUAUGGGAGUGGCUAUAGCGACCAGACAGACGCCAUUUGCUUUGCUGAAGUCUGAUAAUGAAGCUCCAGUUCUUGUCAAAGUCGUUGAUGCUAAACUUCCUGGUGGCAAACAGAUGCUUGUGCCUGCAACAGCAGAGGACUUGAGAGUUGGCGGGAAAAUAAUUGUAGGAAACGAUAAUAAUUGCAUUUCUCAGGAAGUAGACGUGAAAUCCACACCAGAUGCUAGUGGUGCCGUUCAGAUUAGAGUGCCAGUAGUAGCGACUGUUGUCCCGAAGAUCAGACCUGGUGGAAGACUCCUCUUGUCUGUAGAAGAACCACAUUAUGAAUAUCUCACUGCGAUGUCGUCUAACGGUGGGAAAGUAAAAGUAGGUCCAUGUUCCAGCAAUUCCUGUUCAUCGUCUUCGAUUCCUGCAACUUUGCCACGGCUGGAGCCCUUGAAACGUGUGGAAGUCAGUGGAUUUGACGUUCCAGGCAGAGAACCGAACUUGACACCUGGUUUGUGUGCGAUGCCGCCACCCGCCCCGUCUCCGCCCCUGGACUUCAUUUCUCUUGAUUUAUUCGAAUCAAUGGGCACUCUACCCUUAGGUCCUCAAAUAACAACUGUAGAUAGCAUCGACCAGUCACCGCCAUCCGAAGAUUCAGAUGUAUUUAUUGGAAAAUUUGAGGAAAGUAUCCCGCUGUCAGAUUCCGACUAAAAAUUACAAAACCUUGCAUGCGCAUGUUAU